AUGGACAAAGAAGAAAAAAAGAACAUUUACAGUGAGAUCGAGGAUAACAACCUCAUUUGCAACUACUUGCCUAAAGAUAUGCUGGAAGGCGAGUUAAAAAUGCUUUUUGACUACUACGGGAAAGUCGAGGCAGUCAGAAUUAUUAGAACAAAGGACACGUUGGAAUCGAAAGGUUAUGGUUUUGUUAAGAUGUCUUCGAGGGAGGAAGCUUUGAAGGCCAUUGAAAAUUUAACGGGCUUUGAAAUUAGAGACAAAGCAUUGAAAGUUAGUUUUGCUAGAAAAAGCACUUCUGAAAUUAAGCAGACUAAUUUGUACGUACAAAACUUGCCAAAGUCUUACGGGAAAGAAGACUUAGAAAAACUUUUUUCGCCGUACGGAAAGAUUAUAGAGUGUAAAGUUUUGACGGACCAUAAAACGCAGGAAAAAAAAGGCGUCGGUUUUGUUCGAUUCGAGUACCGCAUGCAGGCUGAUCACGCACUUCGUGCUAUGAACGGGUAUGUCCCGCCGGGCUACUCCACCCCCGUCAGAGUUAAAAUUGCAGAAGACUUUAUUACUAAGACAGAAAGGCGCCUUUUAAAACCUCCAGUGCCGGCUGGAAAUUUAAGCUAUGGCGGUAGAUACAGCCCGUAUAUCGUAAAUUAUAAGCCACACCCCCCCAUCCACCAACAGCAGCUGUACGGGAACGACUAUGACCAGUUUUGCCAGUCCUCGUCUAUCCCCUUUGGGCAGCCACCGACCCUUCCAGAAAUACCCCCCCUUAGCCAGGCUGUGGGACAGCCGACAUUGGCACCUGGCUAUCCGCAGGGACCACCAGGUCUAAGCUUUGCCCAGAGCGCCCCACCACCGGUAGCCCCUUCCUUUGCUCAUCAAAAUAUGGGCAUGGGAAUGGGCCAUGCCACUCAUCGGGGCGCUAAUGUAAUGGUGGACCUUGCACAAGUCCCCGCCUCUGUAAUGCAGCCCCAAAGUGCAGGGCCCAUCGCUCCACUCUAUGUUUCUUCUAGCCUAAAUCAAACUCCUGUGGCAAUCAUGCCACCAGGAGCGGAGUUAGACAUCACCCAGUUUGUUGGACACGGUCACGAGCACAUGAUGAACCCGGCCAAUGGCAUGAAUCCCAGUCAAGUUUUGGAGCAUCCCAUGAACUCGCACAUGGCGAACCCCGCUGUCCAGAGUUUCACGACAACCCCCGCGAGCUACAACAAUCAGCAAGCCCUCAACAACGUACCGACGUCAGGCCCGCCUGCUCUGUGGUGCCUUUUUGUAUACAAUUUGCAGCCGGAUACUAACGAGAAGGCGCUGUACGACUUGUUCUGCCCUUACGGACAGAUAACGUCCCUUAAAGUUAUUAGAAAUGAAAACCAGCAGUGCAAGGGUUAUGGCUUUGUAAACUACGACACCUGCGCGCAGGCCAUGUUGGCUAUUCAGUAUUUAAAUGGGUACCGUUUUAGGGACAAAAUAUUACAAGUUAAAUUUAAACAGGCAAAACGCACCCAAUCAAAACACUGGAACGGCUCAGAAGAGGGGAAGAGAAGAGGGGCUUCGGGCAGUGAUAUGUCCAAGCUAAUCGAGGGCAAAAGCUAUAAAGAUCCCCCGAGAGGGAUCCAACGUACACCGACGUUUUUUCUGUGCAAAGCGGAGUAUCACCUGCGCUCUCCUAUCAAAAAAGCUAAAAGCACCUUCAACGCACGGAGUCGAGCACACGCUUCCUGUGCCUAUGAAGAUAUGUCAAAAGUUAAAGCGCUUGAAGAGAUAAUUUAA